UUUGCCGAUGGAGCGCGUAGACAAAUGGGAAACGAGAUUUGCGCUUUGAGCUAAAACAGGAAACAACAACAUCGUUUAGUUCUUCUGCAAAUGUAUCCAGAACGAUUAGCACGUAAACAUUUCUUAGUUUGUUAGUUAUUUAUUUGUUUGCCUGAAGUGCAUUGUAUCCGAAACCGACCGAGGGGCGCAAAUGGGGAAGAGAUACUACUGUGACUACUGCGACCGCUCCUUCCAGGACAACAUGCACAACCGCAAGAAGCACCUGAAUGGUGUCCAGCAUCACCGAGCCAAGAAGGCCUGGUUCCACUGCUUUAGAGAUGCUGCUGCCAUAUUGGCUGAUGAGAAAUCCAAGCAACCCUGCAGGAAGUUUAUUCAGACAGGGCAAUGUGGGUUUGGACCCAGCUGCAGAUUCUCUCACAUGACUGAGAAGGACAUUGCCAAUCUGGAACAUCAGAUAGAAGAUGACAGGCGACGGGCGGAGGAACCAGCAGGUGGACGCGUGUCCCCUGAGCGCAGUGCGGAUGAAUGGCUUUCCAGGAGAGAGAAGAGACUGGCACUGCACAGCAGCGGAAGACUGGAGGCGGAAGAGGAGGUGUCUCCCCAGGUCUGCGAUGUGCCUCCCCACCUCCUCUCUAUCCCCAACCUGCCCCCCUCCCUGUUGCCCCCACCGCCCGCAGGAUGGCGGGGUGCUCCCCAUACGGACUGGGGUUAAGGGUCACGUAGGCUUCCGCAGGCACAGAGAGACUGGAGGGACUAUAGAGAUGGGGGAAACUGGGCACAGCUGACUUGAGGGAGGUCCCAAGGAACUGUGGGGACUAUAGAGAGCAGGAAAACGGGGAGGACAUCCGUUGAAAUUUGUUGUGUCCUCCCUCAACCCCAGAGAAAGAAUUCUGAGGUUCUCACAGAAACAUGUAUAAUCUGUCUCAUGUGAAAAGUUUUGCAUUUUGUUCACUUGUUUUAAACACAGCGUGUGAUCUGAUUUGUGCUGCUUAUUCAGGAAGUAAAGCCGCUCUCUAUGACUGUUAUAUGUUUUUUUGUAACAUUUUGGUGAUGGAGAUGGUGCCUAGUUAACCGCCUUGUUUGCUUGCCUGUAAUUAUAAUAAAACAAUAUUUUUUAUAAAAUAGAAAUGUUUGACAUGACUAAAGACAAAAGUAUCACGAGUGGAAAUUUCACAAAUUUCAAUAUGGGAUCAUAUCUGACCCCAGUCACAUUAGGUGAUAUUCCUGUUUGUCUAUUCAUGAAAACUUGUCUAAAACUAAAAUUGAAUAAGAUGGCAUUAACUAUAACAUUACUGUCUAGCGUUCAAAUCAGAAUGGUCAUUUUAAUACACAAAACUACUGUGUUGCUUGCAUGAGGGUUUAAAAUGAACUGUAUUCAGCCAAUCUGGGCACACCUGAGUGCAAGUAUAUGCUCUGUCCGAGUUUGUAAUUUGAAUGCUUUUUUACAAAUGUUAUAUUUUGCACCUCCAAAAAUAAAUACCAAUGUUUUUAAUGAC